GGAGAGCGCCGGACGCCGCCCGUCGUCGCGCCCUCGCCCCGCCGCGCCCGCCCGCUCCCGGCCCGCGGCCCUCGCGCCAUGGAGGCUCCCGGCGGCGCCCGGCGCCCGCUGCUGCUGCUGCUGCUCGGCCUCGUGUACGGAGCAGCGGCGUUUGUGGUGAAAGACUCCAAUGGGACAGCGUGUAUCAUGGCUAAUUUCUCCGUGACCUUCUGGAUCAACUACAACGCAAGUGGUUCUAGUCCUCAGAAUGCGACCUUGACCCUGCAAUCCAGUGACCAAAUGUUGAACAGCAGCUUCUGUGGGAAUGCCUCUGAGUCCAGCCUUGUGAUUGCACUGAGAAAACAGCAUAUCUUGACCCUCAAUUUCAGAAGAAACGCAACUCAAUACAGUGUCCAGAAGAUGAGUCUUUCUUAUAACUUGUCAGACACGUCUGUUUUCCCCAAUGCCAGUACCACGGAACGCAGAAUUGUGGAUUCCCAGACCGACAUCACAGCAGACAUAGACAAAAAAUACAUGUGUGCCAGCAGGCAUCUGAUCCCCAUGAGUCCUGGAGUCAUUGCCGAAUUCCGCAAUGCCACCAUCCAGGCGUACCCUUCCAACAGCACCUUCAGCCGGGAAGAAACACACUGUGCACAGGAUGGGCCUGCUCCUACCUCCGUGCCACCCACAACGCCCCACCCUUCACCACCCCCCACGCCUGAGGUGCCCUCGGUGGACAAGUACAAUGUGAGCGGUACCAAUGGGACCUGCCUACUGGCCAGCAUGGGACUGCAGCUGAACAUCACCUACAAGCAGAUGGAUGGCCAGGUGAUGACCCGCAUCUUCAAUGUCAACCCCAACAAGACUAAGGUGAGCGGGAGCUGCUCCGCCCAGCUGGUGACACUGGAGCUGCUCAGUGAGCCUGAGAUGGCCCUGGGCCUACAAUUUGCAAUGAAUGCAAGUUCCAGCCGCUUCUUCCUGCAAGGAGUCCAGCUCAACAUGACACUGCCUCAAGCCAAAGAGCCGGCCUUCCAUGCCGCCAACAGCUCGCUGAGGGCCCUCGAGGCCACCGUGGGCAACUCGUACAAGUGUAAUGCUGAGCAGCACGUGCGCGUCACAGAGGCCUUCACCCUCAAUGUGUUCCGGGUGUGGCUCCAGGCCUUCCGCAUCGAUGGCGGCAAGUUUGGGUCUGUGGAGGAGUGCCCGCUGGACGAGAACAGCAUGCUGAUCCCCAUCGCCGUGGGCGGCGCCCUGGCCGGGCUGGUGCUCAUCGUGCUCAUCGCCUACCUCAUCGGCAGGAAGAGGAGCCACGCCGGCUACCAGACCAUCUAGCGCGGCCUCUGGCCUUGCGCUCGGCCCAGCAGGUGCCGAGGCCACUUUCUUGCAACAGAUUUCCAAACCCGCUUCUCCAAGGUGAAGUUCACCUGCAACAUUCACUGCACAGAGUAACUAUUGAAAUGACGGUGUUAAUUCUGCUAACUGGGUUCAAUAUUUUGCUAACUGGUUAAACGUUACUAUUUACCACAGUAGACCUCUAAGGGGUGAGAGUGCUUCUCUCGGCGGCCCUGCUCCGCUCUCUUCCGACUGUAAGAUCCUGGUGUCUGGUCUUCUCAUCUUUUUCUCAGAUUUAAGCCUUACAAAGGGAAAGUCCUUGUCUUCACACUCCAGCUAAUUGUUGAAGCGCUUCGAAACUAGUAGAGAGAAAAUCUUAGGACAGAAGCACUCGAAGGGUCAAAGUCCAAAAUGAUCAUACCAAGCUAGGAUGUCAGGCUUGGUCCAGCCUGUCCCAUGGCCUGGGCCACCCGUUUGUCCCUUCAGUGGCCGCUUCUGGCCAGCUGCAGCUAGCACUCUCUGGUAGUGCACGGCUCCCUGCCUGUGUCACCCGGGCACUAUCUGCGGGCUGAGCGACUGCCUGCUUUGGCCAGGCAGGGGAGCCCAGGACACCUCCGUGAGCAUUGCCUGUAACGAUGCUAAUAAAGUUUGUUCUUUGUUUUGUG